AUGCAAGGAAUAGAAAGCAAAGAGAAAACGAAGCAACUACACCGGGGAGAAAGGUUAGUUUCCAAGUACCACCACGAUACAAAAGAGGAAAUACCCGUCAUCGGGACCUUGCUACAUUUGUCAUCAGCAACCUACCUAAACGAACCAUCUUCAGACAAUGAACAUUCAGACCGCCUCGUAUGGGACCCGAUCCCCGGUCGGUACGUAUGGAUGCGUCCUCGUGUGGAACCGCUUGGUGGCAUGCUUUUAGUUCACUCCCCCUCUUUUGCUAAGCAGACCCCCACUGUCCCGGUAGCUUGUUGCGGCUUUCCUUUUGGACAUCCUGCAAGACUUCCUCUGACUGACUUAGCGGAUUUGCCCAAACCUAGGGCAAUCGUGGCUUCGCGACUAGGAAGUUCAAGUAAUAGGGCUUGUAUUGUGUCGCUUAGGAAUGACUUUCUUCUACCUUGCUCAGAGAUUCAAGUUGAUUCGCUUCCUGCUAAAGACUACCUUGUCCCAGGAUCGGAUGCAUACGUUUCAGCAUUUGCUCUAACUUCCUUUGUCGCUGCUGGUGCCCAUCUUUUAUCUUCUUUAGCCGGGAACUGCCGCCCCACCAACCCCUACCUUCCUAUUCCCUGCGAGUUAUCUCUCGCUUUUGCUUCUUUUCUUGGUGGGACGGGGAGUCUUCCAAACAAAGGGUUCUUUAUCGGCUUAGGACGAUUCCCAAGAUGUUCCACCCAACCCAAAAAGCACUCUACGCCGAAAGAGAUUCCUGUGGCGAAGGCCUAUGCUAAAGAUAGGCCUUGCUUGGAGCUUGUGAAUAAGGUGGAUCCUUCUUUCCCCUUUCAUCAAGGAAUGGAAUCCGCAACUAAAGAAUCUAUAGAAGGGCGCAGGACACUGCUAAAAGAGAAGGCGCAAAGACCAAUCCUCCUGCCGAUUCGAAGGGGUCUGGCUUGUAUAGUUGAAGGGGAAGCAAGAGGUAGUAGGGGCCCGGUUAAGCCAAUCCUAGGGGACGCAGCCCAUCCUGACGAGGGACUUCCUUCUGAUCUACGACCACCCUCAAGUAGGAUCGGGAGAAGUCCUAUCAAUAUACUUUUUUACUAG